CGUGAUGCUCCUGCCCUGGCGGAAGUCAGCUGAUUGGGUGACUGCACUAGUGCUCCUCCGCCCGGACUAAAGAUGGUGGCGGCCAAGGUGUGACCAAUGACUGUAUGUACAAAGAUCAUGCAAACCAAAGAAGUGGCCAUUUGUACAUUGAGAUUCAGUUAGCAUAUCGGCACUUGCAGAAGAAAGGAAAGUAAGAGAUCUGGCACCCGCAGGCACCAUGGUGAAUAAACUGAUUGUAGCCGAGUCUCUGGUGGUGUUUGGCAUAGUCCUAAGCAUUCACGCCGUGGUCUGGGACCGCUUCUCGUGGUGCACGUUGGCCCUAGCCAUCCAGGCUUUUUACGUGCAACACAAAUGGGAUCGCCUCCUGCAGUCAGGAGGGGCAGUGUUUCAGUACCGAUCAUCUGCCAACAGCGGCCUCCUUCCGGCCAGCAUGGUUAUCCCACUUCUGGGUAUAGCAAUGAGAGAAAGGUGUAAAAUAUCUGGAAGUGUGUACUUUGAACGCUUUGGAGUGGUCAUAUCUGCUACCGGCAUGGCUCUGGCAUACUUCCUGUCCAUCAUCGCCUUGGGUAUCACUAAACCUAUCCCUAGAAACACCUGCAUCCUUUCUGGCAUUGCCGGCAGUGCCAUACUCUACACCAUGAAAAAUUCCCUGGCGGUCUCUGAAGUCAUAGAAGUCCUGGAAGUUCUGCUGAUCUUUGUGUACCUCAGCAUGAUCCUUCUGUACCUGCUCCCACGAUGCUUCACCCCUGGGGAGGCACUGCUCAUCCUAGGAGGCCUGAGCUUUGUGCUCAACCAGCUUAUCAAGUGUUCUCUCACUUCUGCGGGGGGCAAGGGAGACCCCAUUGAUUACCUCCUGCUGGUAACAUUGGUUGCCUUGGUCCUGGUGGGAAUUAUCUUCUCCAUUCUCUUUGUGUUUAUGGACUCCUCCUCAUGCACCUCCGCCCUGUUUUUCUACAUGAUGACCACUGUUUUGGCUUUAGGGGUCUUUGUGCCCUGGCUGCAGUACCUGAUACGUAGACACCCACUUUUAUGGCUGCUUGAGUUUCUGGUGCAGUCCCACACUCGGCUAUACUUGCUGGCCUUCUGGCUGCUUCUUGCACUUAUUGCGUGUGUUGUGGUUCUGCACCAGAAUUCCAAGAGGUCUCCAGACUCAAAGAAGCUUCAUGUUUCAACAACGAUUCGCAAAUACUUCCACUUCCUGGCUGUGGCUACCUACAUUCCUGGACUCCUAUACGACCGGCAGCUACUGUACGUGGCAUCUGUCAUUUGCUUGGCAGUGUUUGUACUCCUAGAAUACAUGCGGUAUUUCCGGAUCAAGCCCUUUGGGCAGACUCUACGAAACCUGCUGACUCUGUUUCUGGAUGAACGGGACAGCGGCCCCCUUAUUUUAACACACAUCUACCUGCUGCUGGGCAUGUCACUGCCAGUGUGGCUGUUUCCAAGGGUCUGUGCCACUUCCCUUACAGGCUCGUCCACGUUACUCCCAUAUGCAGGCGUACUGGCUGUGGGUGUAGGUGACACCGUGGCCUCUGUUUGUGGCAGUGCUAUGGGUGAGCUAAGGUGGCCUGGGACAAAGAAGACCUUCGAGGGGACAAUGAUGUCUAUAUUCGCUCAGAUCAUUGCAGCCGCCCUUAUUCUAAUCUUUGACAGCAGCGUAAACCUAAACAGCGGCUAUGUCUGGAUUCUGGGGUCCAUUACUCUGGUGUCGCUGCUGGAAGCAUUCACUACACAAAUAGAUAAUCUGGUCUUGCCGCUGUACCUCCAUAUACUGCUAAUGGUAUAAGGGUGGCAAGAAGAAAACAUGGCUCUUUGGCAGAGCAUCGGUAUAGCCAUUUUUAAAAAGAAAAAGUGUAUUUUCAUUAAAGGGGGCAUUUAUCCUAUUUAUAAGUAGCAUUUUUUCCCCUAUUUAUCAAAGAGGUACCCAUGGGCCGCCCCUUAAAGUCAUGGGCCCGAGGGUUAUUUUAUGGUAGAUACGGCCUUGCUCACCCCUAGCUGUUUAGGAAACACAAAUGCUACUGAAAAAGUGGUUAUAUGCCCCCUUUAAUACAUCCCUAAAUGCUGCUUCCUCAAGUAGUACACCUUUAAAUUAACUUUUAGUAUGAUGUAGGCAUUGAUAUUCUGAGACAUUUUUGCAAUUUUUUUUUCACUUAUUUAUCAGCAUCUCUCCAGUUUGGUAUUUUAGCAGCUGUCUGGUUGCUAGGGUCAAUUUUACCAUAGUAAUCGGGCAGUGCUUUGAAUGAGAGACUGGAAUAUUAAAAGAGGGACUGAACGGGAAGCUAAGUAAUACAAAUAAUAAUUCAACUGUAGCCUCACAGAGCAAUCGUAUUGGCUCUGGGGUCAGUCUGUCUAGGACAGUCUAUAACAUACUAAAAGUUAACUUUAAGGUGAACCACCCCUUUAAGCAGAAUUUUACCCCAGAAUUCUGCAGGUGUGUCAGAAAAUAAUUAAAUAAAUAAUAAAAAAAAAAAAGUGGGAUCAGUUGUAAAAGGCAAAACUUUAGGGCUCAGAUCAUGGGAAGGAUGACACAAAUAAGGAAAGUAUGGACUCUCAGAUUUAGGGGAACAAUAACAGUGAAAAAUGAAUGUUUAUGGUAGGUCGCACCAAUGCCAGGGGGGAUGUACCUUUAAGCUUAUGGUACACGUGGCAUUAUGAGCGCUAUGCCAUCAUUUUCUUCCAGGUAUCCCCACUGGGUUUGAGUGAGUGCAGGGCCGGAAAGAACGUCUUCCCAGAUUUCUGUACUUCACAUGCACCCUAUUAGACACCAUGGAGGCCCCCAAAAAAAUGGUGGCACGGUGCUCUGCAAAUGUUACUCUGGGCUGGUGCCAUUUUUGAAGAGGAGCACUAAUCCCUGGUAAGGAAUAAAUGACUAGAAUCACCAUGAAGUGUCUAAUAACUUGGGACCACCAGUGAUUUUAGCUAUCUUUGAAAAAGGAGAGCCAGCCCGGGGUAAGUGACUAGUGUCACUGGGGAUUGUCUAACAAAUUGGCACUCCCCAGUGACUCUGGCUUUCCUUGCCCUUU